UUUUUUUUAUGACAAGCCAAAGGUCACGUGCACACAACACAUAUGCUCAAAAUCAAGACCUCUAUUCACUGUUGUCUUUUAUCUGGUCGUCUUCAGCAGUUUUUCCAGAUUUGGGAAUUAGGGUUCUAGAGAAAAUCAUUAUUGAUCCUGUAAAUUCCGCAUUUUUGAACCAAAUUGCUGUAAGAUACAAUUUCGAUAUGCCUUUGUAUGUUGCUGUAAAUGUUUAUCUUGCUCCAAUUAACUCCAGCAGCAGCAGGAACACCGGCUUUGAACACCUCAGGAUUGUCCCUUGCAACCAUUGAACCUCUCAAUGGUUGUAACUUUAAGAAGUGGAAGGAAUCCAUAGAACUUUACCUUGGCCUUCAGGGAAUUGAUUGGUGUCUAACUGAGCCCGAACCGCUGAUAGAUGACACUAGCUCUGACCUAGUGAUCGUGAAACAUAGAGAAUGGGUUAGAGCCAACAGGAUGACCAAGCUUAUUCUUAAGCAAACCAUGACUGCUGUGGUUAGGGGGAGUAUUGCUGACAAAGACACAGCCACUGAGUUUAUGGCUGCUAUUGCUUUGAAGUUUCGAGAGAAUGAGAAGGCAGAGAUUUCUCUUCUGCUGGAUAUGUUGAUGGGGAUCAAUUAUGAUUCCUCUAAGAGUGUCCGUGAGCAUAUCAUGAAGAUCAUUGACAUCACCACUAGGCUUGGAGAUCUUGAGAUACCCCUGCCUGCUGAAUUUAUAGUGCAUCAGUCCCUAAGAACCCUGCCUGCCUCUUUUGGUCAGUUGAAGACCACUUAUUUUACACAGAAGGAUAAGUGGGAUUUGAAUGAGCUGAUAGCGAUAUGUGUGCAAGAGGAAGAUAGGAUCAAGAGGGAUGGACCACUUGUUGUGAAUCUGGUCUCAAAGUCGAAAUGGAAGGGAAAAGGCAAAGUUGUUGCCUCUAGUGCAGUUGGUUCUGGAGAAGGUACCAGUGGGACCAAGCCUUACAAACUUGGCCCCAAGAAAACUGUGAACAGCAAGGGUAAGAAACCAGGAGUCUUCAAAUGCUUCUUUUGUAAAAAGGAAGGUCAUAUGAAGAAAAAUUGCCAGGGAUUCAAGGAUUGGAUGGCAAAGAAGGGGCUUUCUAAGCAAGAGAGCUCCAAGGAAAAAUGAGGUGCAAGUAGCAGUUGGGAAUGGCAUGGGAGUGGCUGUGAAGGCUAUAGGCACAGUCCGUUUAGUGUUAGGCUCAGGCACUCAUUUUGAUUUGAGCAGUGUUUUCUAUAUUCCCUCGAUGAAGAGGAAUUUAAUUUCUGUUUCUCAGUUAGUAAAACAAAGAUGUACUUUUUACAUCGACUCUUUCGGAAUAAAAAUCUCCCAUGAUUCUCGUUAUAUUGGCUCAGCUUCUCUCUUGAAUGAUUAUUGGUCUCUUGAAUGUUCUUAUCCUAAAGAAAUAUUGCUGAUUGAGAGUACACAGAAAGAUAUAAGUAAAAAGAGAAAACACAGUGAGAACUCAGCUUAUCUUUGGCAUCGAAGGCUUGCACACAUAUCUAAAGAUAGAUUACAGAAAAUGGUGAAAGAAAACUUGCUGCCUGCACUAGAUUUUUCAGAUUUUGACACUUGCAUUGAAUGUGUAAAGGGAAAAAUGACUAAAUCCAGAAAUAAGGAAUCCAAUAGAAGCACAGAGCCAUUGCAACUUAUCCACACAGACAUUUGUGGACCUUUUGCACACCAAACUAUAUGUGGUAAUAAAUAUUUUAUUACCUUUAUAGAUGACUGCACCAGGUAUUGUAUUGUUUUCCUCAUUUCAGAAAAAUCACAGAGCCUAGAAAAAUUCAAAGUUUUUAGAACUGAAGCAGAAAAAGAAUUGGGAAAAGAAAUUAAGGCAGUGAGGUCAGAUAGAGGAGGGGAAUAUUAUGGUAGAUAUACUGAAGUUGGACAGCAGAAGGGGCCUUUUGCUUUGUAUCUGCAGGAGCAUGGGAUACAAGCUCAGUAUACAACUCCAGGUACACCAGAAUCAAAUGGUGUGUCAGGGAGAAGAAAUAGAACUCUUCUUAAUAUGGUGAGGAGUAUGAUGUGCACAUCAGGUUUGCCGAGAUUCUUAUGGGGAGAGGCUCUUAAAACUGCAAAUUACAUUACAAAUAGGACUCCAAGCAAAGCUGUGGCGAAGACUUCUUUUGAGCUGUGGAAAAACAGAAAACCAAGUGUGCAUCAUGUGCAUGUUUGGGGUUGUAAGGCUGAAGCACGACCAUAUAACCCUCAAGAAGGAAAAUUAGAUCCGAAGACAAUCUCAGCCCACUUUAUUGGAUAUCCAGAAAAUUCUAGAGGUUACAGGUUCUACUGUCCUUCUCACACCACAAGAAUAAUUGAGACCAACAAGGCUAUUUUCCUUGAUGAAAUCAAUUAUUCUCACUCAUAUGAAAAUCUUGAACUUGAGUUUCAAGAGUUACCUGAAGAUGAGUCUGAAAAUAUUGGCAUCCCCAUCACUUUUGAAACUGCAGCUGGAGAUAUUGAACAGCCUCAACUUGAGGUUGUUGCAGAAAAUCAAAAUAACAAUUUUGAAAAUGUAGUGGGUGAACUGGAUGAAGUAGAGCAAGAACCCGAGCCUCAAAACUUGCAAGAAGCACAAGUUGAUCCUGAAGCAGCCCCUCAACAACUUAGAAGAUCUGGAAGAAUUAGAAAACCUGCUAUUAACCCACAGGAGUAUAUGGUGUACUUGCAGGAAGCUGAAUUUGAUUGGGGAGAAGAUAAUGAUCCGGAAAACUUUAGUCAAGCCAUUAAUAGUGAUCAAAGCUUAAAGUGGACAGAGGCAAUGGAAGCAGAGCUGCAGUCCAUGUAUGAUAACAAUGUUUGGGAGUUGGUUGAGCCUACUGGGAGUCAUAAACCGAUUGGUUGCAAAUGGGUUUUCAAAACUAAAAGGUGUGCUGAUGGGUCAGUGGAGAGAUUUAAAGCUAGGCUAGUGGCGAAAGGGUUCACACAACAAGAAUGAAUAGAUUUUAAUGAAACAUUUUCACCAGUAUCUACCAAAGAUGCACUCCGAAUCAUAAUGGCUCUAGUAGCUCAUUAUGAUAUGGAAUUACAUCAAAUGGAUGUCAAAACUGCAUUCCUCAACGGAGAUUUGGAUGAGGAGAUUUAUAUGAAACAACCAGUAGGUUUCAUAGAGUCUGGAAAGGAACACUUAGUGUGCAGAUUGAAUAAAUCCAUUUAUGGAUUGAAGCAGGCAUCGAGGCAAUGGUACCUAAAAUUUGAUGCAGUAGUUACUUCUUCUGGUUUUGUUGAAAAUCUUGUUGAUGAAUGUGUAUACAUGAAAAUCAGCGGCAGAAAUUUUAUUUUUCUGGUGUUAUAUGUUGAUGAUAUUCUGUUGGCAAGCACUGAUAAAGGGUUAUUGCAGCAAACAAAGCAUUUUCUUUCUGAAAAUUUUGACAUGAAGGAUUUGGGAGAUGCUUCAUAUGUUCUAGGGAUUGAAAUUACCAGGGAUCGAUCUAAACAUCUUUUAGGUUUAUCUCAGCAAGCCUACAUUUCAAAAGUGUUGAAGAGAUUUGAAAUGCAUACUUGUUCACCUGGAGCUGCACCUAUGUCAAAAGGUGACAAGUUGAACAAAAAUCAGUGUCCUAAGAAUGAGUUAGAGAAGGAAGACAUGAAAACCAAACCUUAUUCCAGAUUGGUGGGAAGCCUAAUGUAUGCACAAGUGUGCACUAGGCCUGAUUUAGCCUAUGCAGUGGGUAUGUUGGCAAGAUUUCAGUCAAAUCCAGGACAUGAACACUGGAUUGCUGGAAAGAAGGUGUUAAGAUAUCUUCAGAAAUCCAAGGGUUAUAGUUUGGUGUAUUGAAGAGUCAAAGAUCUUGAAGUGGAAGGUUAUUCUGAUGCAGAUUUUGCAGGACAUUUUCCAACUUCAGGAAAAUCGACAUCAGGCUAUGUCUUUAUGUUAGCUGGGGGUGCUAUAGCUUGGAAGAGUGUAAAGCAAACACAAAUAGCAACCUCUACCAUGAUGGCAGAAUUUAUUGCUAUUUAUGAGGCUACAUGUCAGGGACUAUGGUUGAAGAAUUUUCUUGCACAGACUAAACUAGUUGAUAGCAUCAUUUCAAGACCUUUGAAGAUUCAUUGUGACAACUCUGCAGCAGUUUAUUUCACAAAGAAUAACAAGAGAUCCACCAACUCCAAGCACAUUGACUUGAAGUAUUAUAGUGUCCGAGAGAGAGUAAAGCAUAAUGAGUUGAUUAUUGCCAAAAUCAACACUUUGAACCAAUUAGCAGACCCUUUCACUAAGCCAUUAACCAUUGCAGCUUUUGAAAAACACACUGAAAACAUUGGCAUUCUGCCUACUCUAGAUACUUGAGCUUUGUGGGAGUUUGAUUGCUAGAUUCAGUGGGAGUUAGUGUUCAUGUAGAAAAACUGGAAAUUUUAUUCCAUUAAGUUGCAGAAUUUUCUUUUGGUUGUAUUUUUGAGAUCUCAUUGAGUUGUGAAUCUUAUGAAUUUAUGUACAAUAAAUUUUUCCUUUUACUGGAUCCAAUUGCGUAAUUUUGUUACUGCAGUACUUGUUUUAUUCUUGUGAUUCUUUCAAAUAACUAUUUCAUAAUUGUAUACAACUUCAGUUUAUGAGUUAUUUUGAAUCAUUUUAGUUUCAUUCCAGACUUGAGCUGGAUAACACAUUUAGAAUAGUUGCUGAUGCAAUUAUGUGUUGAGGUUCAGGCAUAUGGAACCAUUUAGAGGACCAUAUACAAAUGCAUUUAGAAGAUUCAUUAAACCUGCAUUGUAUAUAUUAAGUGACAUCUUUUGUCUCAUGUAGUUCAUGGUUGUGAUGAUAUGUGAUUGUGGAGUAGCUGUGCUUUUAAGUGCAACCUUUUCUGCAGUUCUUCAUCAUGAUUAUGGAUUGACAGAGAUUUGAUUAGGUACUUGAAUGCUUUUAUCUCAGGUGCACACUUUGGAUUAAUUACUAUGUCUAGAACUACAGUAUUCUUGUUGUAUAAACUUGUAAAUGUUCAAGUGGGAGAUUGUAAGUUGAAAUUGAACAAUUACAAGCUUAUAUUUAGCACAACAAUUACUGUUAUCAAUAGAGCAAGUAAUUAGAGAUAUUAAGUCAUUCAUAUUCCCUGUUAAAUAUAUUUAUUAUAUGAAUCAAAUGAAUAUAUUGGGAAACCUAAAUAGCUUGAAUCAAGCACUAAGAUGUCGGAGUACAUAUAUCAUAGUGAUUACAGACAUUAUUGUGAUUACAAUUAUCCUUUAUGGGAGGGCAUUGUAUUAGGAUGUUUUCACUAUAAAUACUAGGUCCCUGUACCCUCUUUUAUACGUGCUAUUCAGUUCUUGCCCCAUAGAUAGAUAGCAAACAAAGAGAAGUACAGAAGAUCUGUAUUUGAGAUGACUUCAUCAGUUCCAGCAGGUAUACAUCUUGUUCUAAAGAUGUGCAUAAUUGUUUCUCUAUAAUUAUAUAUGCAUCUGUGUAUGUGAGUGCAAUAUAUGUGUUUGUGUUUAUAUGCAAUUGUAUUAGUUUUCAGUUUUUGGACUUUCAAAACCACGAUACCAUCUUCUCCGGAAAAACCAGGGUCGUGUAAUUUUUGGAAGAAUCCGUUUGAUGGGUUCCAAAUAUACAAGUUUCGGAUAGACUCAAGAGCUGCUGCGUAGCGGCCAUCCAAGUUUUGCUCAGGCUCAACAAGAGCUACACAUACCAACCCAUUGCAGGAGCCUAGUAGCUUUACACGAUACCCACGAUUAUUGAAUGGACAGCCGACUUUUGUGACUCCAAACGACGGCGUCUCCAAGUCUAAGGAUUCUACUUGAGAGUGGGCGGCACCGGUGCAGAGGAGGAGUCUACGACUUAAGGUUUGCUUCUCGGAUGCUAAUUUCACAUAGGAUUUCUUGAAUUGUGGGUCGUCACAUAUAAUGGAAUGCCACCGUUUUGAAACAAGGCUGAAUCGGACCAAGGGUUUUUGGGGAACCCUGUGAAGGAUUUCCACUAUCAUAUCUUCCGGUAGGUCUGCCAUCCCUAUUGCUCCAAGGACAGAUCGAUUAUGUAGGUCGUAAGCAAUUUUAUGACCCCGUGUUUCAAUUUAUAUGGUGGGAUCAAUUCUGAUCCCUACCACUGGAAUAUUUACGAUUUACGCUAAGGGGUAAUUUUCAUUUUUCGGGUGGACGAAAAUAGCCAUGCAUGUACUUAAUUCUGUCUUAUUAGAGCAACUCCAACAGAUUCCAUAUAUUUUGAUUUUUCUCUACUUUAGGGGAAAAUGAGCCUCUUUUGCUCCAACAGAUUCCCUAUAACUA